GACUCCAGCAGGAGGAAGAGAAGAUGGAUAAGGGGAAGGCCGGGCGACGUCGAUCUUCAUCCGAAAUUGUCACAGAAGGAAAAAGGAAAAAGUCUUCAUCUUCUGAGUUACAUAAGAUAACAAAGAUGUUAAAUGCAAAAUCAGAGGAUGUUCGUGUUCAGUCAUCACUGUCCAAACUCAGAAGCUCAGAACGCUGGGAUCUCCCUUUGCAGGGGUGGAAAAGAAGCCUAAGAAAUAAGGUCCUCUCUCUAGACCAUAAAAGUAGAAAAAGUGUUCGUGGGCGUCCUGUCACCUCUAACACAUCACCAGAAAGGCAACUCAAAGUUGUGUUGACGAAUGUCCUAUGGACGGAUUUAGGACGAAAAUUCAGAAAGAUCCUACCUAGAAACGAUGCUAAUUUGUGUGAUGCCAACAAGGUGCAAUCAGACUCAUUGCCUUCGACAUCUGUUGACAGCCUAGAGACAUGUCAAAAAUUAGAACCUCUUCACCAAAGCCUUAAUUUAUCUAAAAGGAUACCCAGAGUUAUAUUGACGAAUGUCCUGGGAACGGAGUUAGGAAGAAAAUACAUAAAGACCUCAUCUGUAACUGAGGCCAGUUUGGGUGAUACAGACAACUUGCAAUCAGAGCAGCUUUCUUCAUCAUCUGAUGGCAGCCUAGAGUCUUGUCAAAAUCUAAAUCCUCACAAGAGCUCCUUUUUAUCUGAAAGGGAUUCACAACCAAGUAAGACUGUAGAUAAUAAUUAUGCAAAGCAAGCCUCACACACUAAAGAAAAGCAAAGAGAUGAUGAUGGCAUUUCUCUUGUAAUGUCUGAUGCUCAACCUAAAGACCUCAGUAGUGGAAGUAGAGGUUGUGAUCAUCUUGAAGAGGGGAGCAAAAAUAAGGAUGAUACAUUUUCUGAUUCAAAAAUGGAACCCACUCUGACUUCCAGGAAGAGAAAGAAAAGGCUUAGAAGUAAUUUACCUGAUUCUCAUAAUUCUACUUCUUCUUUGUAUGAGUCAGCAGAACAGAUAAUAAAACAAGAAAAUGACUCCACAGUAUCUGCCGAGUUUAAAAAGUCAAGUGAAAACUAUCAUCAAGACUCAAAAGUGCUUGAGGAAAUUACACCUGAACCUAUAGAAAGUGAUUUUGCUAAACUAUCCUCACUUGAUAGUCAGGAGUUGGCUUUGAGUGCUGCUCCCAAAAGUACCUCUGACUCUUCAGCCACCGAAACUUUUGAGAGCUCUAGUUCCACUGAUUCCAUGGGGAAUUCUACCCUGGUUGAGAAGAAUGAGAGUGAGUUGAAUGUAAUAGAAAAGCCUGCUUUAAGUGAACACAGUGAAGGGAGCCAGUCUUUGGUAUCCGUUGAACCAAUUGUUGUUUCCAGUGAUGAGGAGGGACCUGUUGAACAUAAAAGUUCAGAAAUUCUUAAGUUACAACCUAAGCAAGACCAUGUCAUCACUAAUGACAAUGAGAGUACUUCUGAAGCAGCAUUGUCAGAACCAUUGAUGACAUGUGAAUCUGUACAGGCUUCAUCUGAAUUAUGUCCAUAUAAUCCUGUCAUGGAAAACAUUUCCUGUAUUUUACCUAGUAAUGACAUGGAUCUACAACUGGAUUUUAUAUUUACUUCUGUUUAUAUUGGUAAAAUAAAAGGAGCUUCUAAAGGUUGCGUUACAUUCACGACAAAGUAUGUUAAGAUCCCAUUUCAAGUCUCCCUGAAUGAGGUUUCAUUGCUAGUGGAUACCACACAUUUAAAGAGGUUUGGGUUAUGGAAAAAUAAGGAUGAUGAUCACAGUAAAAGGAAUCAAGCUAUCCUUUUCCUUUGGGUCUCUGCAAAUUAUCUUCAAGAGAUUCAGACCCAACUAGAAAACUCCAUAUUAAGCCAGCACUCAAAAUCCAGUGAAUUCAUUUUUCUUGAGCUAUACAAUCCUAUUUCGCAAAGAGAAGAAUUGAAAUUAAAAGACAUUAUGACAGAAAUAAGUACAACCAGUGGAGAAUUGGAACUUUCUUAUCCAUUGUCUUGGUUUCAGGCACUUCCUUUAUUUCAGAACCUCUCUUCAAAAGAAAGUUCUUUUGUUCAUUAUUAUUGUGCUUCAACUUAUUCUUUUCCCGCUGUUGCUGCUGAAGAAAUGAAGAUGAAAUCAAUGUCUCAGCCUUCUAAUAUGGAUAGAGCCAAGCCUACUUACACCUUCCUACAGAAGCAAAGUAGCGGUUGCUACUCACUUUCUAUUACAUCUAAUCCAGAUGAAGAAUGGCGAGAAGUCAGGCACACGGGACCUGUUCAGAAGUUGAUUGUAUAUCCUCCACCACCUACUAAAGGGGGAUUAGGAGUAACUAAUGAAGAUCUGGAAUGCUUAGAAGAAGGAGAGUUUCUUAAUGAUGUAAUCAUUGAUUUCUAUCUUAAAUAUCUUAUAUUGGAGAAGGCAUCAGAUGAACUUGUUGAACGAAGUCACAUUUUUAGUAGCUUUUUCUAUAAAUGCUUGACAAGAAAAGAAAAUAAUUUGACUGAAGAUAAUCCAAAUCUUUCAAUGGCACAGAGGAGACAUAAAAGAGUAAGAACAUGGACUCGUCACAUAAACAUCUUUAACAAAGAUUACAUCUUUGUGCCUGUAAAUGAGUCAUCUCAUUGGUAUCUUGCUGUCAUUUGUUUUCCAUGGUUAGAAGAAGCUGUAUAUGAAGAUUUUCCACAAACUGUAUCCCAGCACUCACAGGCUCAGCCAUCUCAACAUGACAACAAAAUAAUAGAUAAUGAUGUACAUACUACUUCGACACUGUCCUUGGGCACAGAGGAUUCCCAAAGUACCGAGACAAAUAUAUCAGUACCAGUACCAAAGAAAAUGUGUAAAAGGCCAUGCAUUCUCAUACUAGAUUCCUUGAAAGCUGCUUCUAUACAAAACACAGUUCAGAAUUUACGAGAGUAUUUAGAAGUAGAGUGGGAAGUUAAACGAAAAACUCAUCGUGAAUUCAGCAAAACAAACAUGGUGGACCUAUGCCCUAAAGUUCCUAAACAAGAUAAUAGCAGUGAUUGUGGAGUAUAUUUACUGCAGUAUGUGGAGAGCUUCUUUAAGGAUCCUAUUGUUAAUUUUGAACUUCCAAUUCAUUUGGAGAAAUGGUUUCCUCGUCAUGUAAUAAAGACCAAACGGGAAGAUAUUCGAGAGCUCAUUUUGAAACUUCAUUUACAGCAACAGAAGGGCAGCAGUAGCUAGUUAAUCUGUACAAACAUGACACAGAUGUCCUAUAAGAUUACUGGAAAGCUGCUUACCAGCAUUUGUGUUAGUCAGCUCACAGAGAAGAAAAUAACUUGUGGUAGUUUUAUAAGUCAUUGAACAUUAUUUAAAAUAAAUAAGGUAUAUUAUUAGAUUGUUGGGAUCUGGUAGAUGUAGUGGAAAAUGGGGGUGAUAUAGAGAAACUUAUUAGAAAUUAAACUUUCAUAAAUAUUUGAUAUUUUUCUGAUCAAAUUUGCUUCUGAUUAUGCAAUAGCAUAUGUAAAUGUGGGAAUGUUUUUGUAGAUAAUAAAACCAAGUGAUCUGUACUUCCAUAUAACUGGGAGUUGAGGGGAGUUAGGUCCUCCCUGGUGCCAGCCCCAGUGCUUGUCACAUUUGUUGACAAGUCACAUUAUAUUGUAAUACUAUUCUUUGCGGCUCAAGCAUGCAAUAUGAAUACUAUGUAUUUUUUUAAAGAAGAAUUUAGUAUUAAGGCUUCAGAAAAUGCCAUUUACGGCAUCCUUUCUUUAUAGUUUAAAAGAAGACAUGAUGUUAGGAAGAUGAUUGAAAUUGACUCUUUCAAAGCGCAGCUUAUUUUUCUCAGUUGCUAAAUGGAAUUGUUACUCUGCUGUGAUUGUUACAUGUUUUCUUUUUCUUUUGAUGUCAUAUAUGGGGAUCUGGGAAAUUAGUUCAUUCAUUCAGAAUGAAAUUUGGAACAAAAAAAAUUUAGCUACCCAAAAUAGGUUUUUACAAUGACAUAUGUAGCUCAACAUAGUUCUUUGAGGUAAUAGCUAUAUCAAUAUUGACUUCUAUCCUAUUCUGAUAUCCUAGAAUAUACGUACCCACUUUCUGUAAGUAUCAAAGAUAAAAUGGAUGUCCUCAUAACUUUAAUUAAAGAAUACCCUCAAAAUCUUAUUUAUUAAUUGUUAGAACUAAAUAUAUAAUUUUAUAGCUCUGUUUACCCAGUAUUUAUCUGCAAAGUCAGAUUGCUCAAAUUGCUUUUAUAUUUUUAAAUUGUAGUUUUUAGAGACCUAUGAUCCCUAUGAAGCAUAAGUUUUUAUUAAAUGUUUAGGGAACAGUUUUGAAUUCAUGUGAUGAUGGUGGUAUUAUAUGUGAUUAAACACUUUACAACCUUUUAAUGUUAUCAGGAAAAUUUUGAGAGGACAAUUAUAUUGUAUUUUCUCAGAUUGAAAAACCAUGUUUUUUAAGAAUAUUAUUUUAAUCUUCUGUUUUAAGUAUCUCUUGGAUUUAUAUUGUUAACUGUAUAUAAGGCAGUGAAGCAAAGGCAAUUUAAGAUGAAGCUAAAAAUUGGAACAUUUUAUUUCAAAAUCAUGUGAAUUUGAAGUUGUCAGUUAAGCCUCAGUAUUUUUGAAUUUUUGUUAAUCUUGUCACCAUCUUUAUAUUGUUAAAGAUAUUUGUCUUUUGGGGAUUUCUCAGAAAGAUGAUUAUAAUUACAUGAUUUUAUUCCCAGUAUGUGUGUGUAUGGGAGGGGAUUUUUUUAAAAUGACUAUUAAUUAUUUUGUACAUCUAACUUUGGGAAAGCAAGUAUGUAAUACAUCUUCAUAUGACUUCUUAACUUUUGUGUUUGUAUGUUUUUCAAAGGUACCACUGUCCUUUAUCAUGUUUUGAAGAUUGUUUAAAAUUCAUUUUCCUAAAUUCAUGUGGAAAUAAUGUGUUGAGAAUAUCAACAUUUUAUAUU